AUGCUGAGGGCCUGUGUGAGAGGGGCCAAGAACACCGCCCGGUGGAACUAUGGAAAAACACCUUUUAACAACCUCCAGCCGCGGCACUACACCACAGGAGAGACCAGCCCUGCAUUGAAGGUGGCGACUGCUGCUCUGGUCACAGUGGGUGGCGCUGUCGGGGGAACAGUGCUCUAUGCCAGCUGGGACCCCAAGUUCAGGUCCUCAGUGGAGAAGAACGUUCCAUAUUCAGACGGGCUCCUCAACAUGGCGUUAGGACCGGCUGUGCAAACAUUGCCAACAAAGAAAAAGAGUGAGAGUCAGGCACCGAGCAUGAUGGAGAAGACCCUGAAAGAACCUAAACCUGCGAAAAAGGUGAAGGACGUGACAGAGCCCAGCGAGACCCCUUCAGCAGCUGCUCAGACCAUAGAAGAAGCGUCUGCUGAAGCCACACACAUCAUUUCUGCCAUGAGUGAAGUCCAGUCCGUCCCAGCGCCACACGACACAGAGCCACCUGUUCUCACAGAAGCCCCCACAGAGUGUCAUGAGUGUGAGGCUGCUCCUCUCGCUCAGGACGUAGAGGCGAGCCCGGAGCCUCUGAAGGAGCGGCCUGUGGAGGAGGUCACUGCCAGACUUGCCGAGCAAGACGAGGCCGAGAAGAAGAUUCUAGAAUCCAUUUCAGCAAACCUGGACGAGUCCCUGUCGAGCUCCGCCAAAGCCACGCUCACCGCCAUCGGAGCGCAGGAGGCCGCUCUACAGGCCAUUUCACAGCACACGCUGAAGCUGAAGGAGGCCAUGGAGGCCGAGGUUCCGUCUGAAGAGAAGUCUGCGCAAUGGAAGGAUCUGGAAGCUGCUCUGAUGAACAGGAGCAGUGCAGUGACUGAUGCUCAGGCAGGACUCAAGAGCGCUCGGGAAGCUCUGGACGCUCUCAAAGCAGUGAUUGAUGAAUCCAAGGGCCUCGCUGUGGCGCGGCCGCUGGUGCUGGCGGCUGAGGAGAAUCUGCACAAAAUGGUGGUGGACCUGGACAAAGUUGUGACUAAGGUGCAGGCAGCGGAGUCUGAGGCCAAAGUGGUCUCUCAGUACAGUGAGCUGGUCAAUGAAGCCAAGCUGCAGUUCCAGAGGGAAGUGAGCAGUCUGACUCCUGAGAUCCAGGCCAACUGGAAGAGCCUGACGGGUAAACUGAGCACAGACGACCUGAACGCGCUGAUCGCUCACGCUCACCGCCGCAUCGACCAGCUGAACCGGGAGCUGGCAGAGCAGAGGGUGCGGGAGCAGAUCCACAUGGAGUCCGCUCUGGAGCAACAGAAGCUGGAACAUCAGAAAGCUUUGGAGACGGCUGUGGACAGUGCGCUGCAGCACGUGAAGGAGGACGCCCGGCUCGAGCAGGAGCGCAAGUUGGCCGAGCUGCGGGAGGUGAUGGAAGCCGAGAUGAGGACUCAGCUGCGGCGACAGGCGGCCGCUCACACAGACCAUGUUCAGGACGUUCUCAAAGUGCAGGAGCAGGAGCUGAGAUCCGAGGCCCAACAGGUGUUGGGCAGUAAACUGCUGGAGCAGGAGACUCUGUACCGACAGCUCACUCAGGAGCAGCUGGAUAACUUCACUCUGGACAUGAACUCUGCGUACGCUCGGCUCAAGGGCGUGGAGGAGGCCAUCGACAGUCAUGUGGUGGCAGAGGAGGAGGCGCGUCAGGCUCACCAGCUCUGGUUGGCGGUGGAGGCUCUGGCUCACACUAUGAGUACAGCUGAGAGCGCCUCUCCCACAGCUCCUCUGGAGAGCUCUGCUCAGGUGGUGAGAGAGAGCUGCUCAAACAAUGAGUUUGCUCUGGCACUGGCUGCAGCUCUGCCCAAAGAGUCUCUGGAGCGUGGCGUCUACAGCGAGGCCUCACUGCGCAGCCGAUUCUACUCCCUGCGGCCGCUGGCUCGCAGAGUGGCCCUCAUCGACGAGUCUCACAACUCUCUGUUCCAGUACUUCCUGUCAUACCUACAGGCCGCCCUGCUUUUCGAGGCCCCCCAGCAGGCCCCCCCUGCUCAGCUCGCCACUCAGGACCUGGAUCCCUUCAACCUCUUAUCGUACGCUAGCUACUGCCUGGAGCACGGAGACUUGGAGCUGGCAGCUAAGCUGCUGAACCAGCUGCGAGGAGAGGCCCGGCGUGUGGUGGAGGACUGGCUGACAGAGGUGAGGCUGACCCUGGAGACCAGGCAGGUGGUCAGUCUGCUGUCGGCCUACGCCAACGCCGUGGGUCUGGGAACCAGCCAGGCUUCUUAG